AGCCCUAGGGUUUAUUCUUGCUCUUUACGCACCAUCACCGGCAUUUGGCUCGAGUCACUCUUCGCCUCUGGAAAAUCCGGCAAAAAAAUGAAUCUCUCAUCGCUGCGAUCGAAAAUGAAGUGCGAUCCAGAAGGCUACGAAUCGGAGUUAAUCCUCGUUUACAAUCAGUUCAAAUCUUCUCUCAAUCUCUUCCAACAACAAGCCUCUUUGAGCUUCACUUCCAUUAGUGGCAUCGUAGCUGACCCCUCCGUCGCUAAAGACCUCGGCGAAAGAGUCAUGUUCUUGGCCCAUGUCACUCCAUUUUAUGCUAAGCAUCUCGCUAAUGAGUUUCCUAAACAACUUGCUGAGUUUUUACAGUCCUCCGCACGGUCGCUCCCUCCGAAGCUUCGGUUUCAUGUAGCUCAAGCCAUCAUUCUUCUCAUCAAUCGGAAGAUUGUCGAUAUUGGGGGAACUCUAGCAAUUUUUAUGGAACUGCAGACUCUAGGAGACAGGAAUUUGAAGAAACUGGCAUCCUCUCAUGUAGUUCAGAGCAUUAGACGCAUGAAUCAGAAGCAUACGAAUCAAUCUAAGAAUAGAUCACUUCAGAAUGUCUUGUUUGCUAUGCUACAGCAAGAGGAUGAAACAUUAGCGAAGAGAUCCCUCGGCACAGUUUCUGAACUUUACCGGAGAAAGGUGUGGUGCGACGAGAGAACGGCAAAUGCAAUUUGUAGGGCAUGCUUUCAUUCGUCUUCUAGGAUUAUGAUUGCUGCUCUAUCAUUUCUUCUUGAUUAUGAGAAGAUUGAAGACGGUGAAGAUAGUGAUAAUUCAAGCAGUGAAGAUGACUCAACUCUUCAAAAUCCUCAAACUCUCCUCAGUAAAGAAGCUAGAUACAAGGCACACCAUAAAGGUACACUUUCUAGCAAAAAGAAGAAGAAAGCAAAGUUGCAGCGUGCCAUUCGUAGCAUGAAAAGACAGCAAAGUAUGUCAUCAGAAAAGAGCAAUUCAAAUUACUACUCACCUCUUUACCAUCUGAAAGAUGCAUACAUUGCACAGGAAUUUGCUGAAAAGCUAUUCUCUCGUCUUCGGACUUGCAAUGAACGUUUUGAGGUUAAGAUGAUGAUGAUAAAAGUAAUUGCUAGGACAAUUGGGUUUUAUGGCUUGUCAUUUCUAAAUUUCUUUCCAUAUCUUCAGAAAUAUAUUCAGCCUCAUCAACGGGAUGUCACACAUUUACUUGCAGCAGCAGUUCAGGCCUGUCAUCAUACGGUAGAUGAGACUGAAGCUAAAGAACUUCUCAGGAAAAUCGUAGAUGAGUUUGUGCAUGAUCGCUCGCGUACGGAGGCCAUAGCCGUUGGACUCAAUGUGGUAAGGGAGAUAUGUUUGCGCGUCACUUGGGUGAUGGAUGCAGAUUUGCUGCAAGAUCUUGUAUCGUAUAAGAAAUCACAUGAGAAGGCAGUGUCAAUAGCAGCUCGUUCACUUGUUACAUUGUUUAGAGAGAUUUGCCCUUCAUUGCUUGUUAAGAAGGAUCGAGGACGUUGGUAUGAUUCAGAGGCGAGGCCCAAAGCACUUGGAGAAGUUAAAGUUUUCAACAGUGUUCCUGGGGUUGAGUUACUGCAUUACGAUGUAGACAAUGCUGAUAGUGAUAAUAGUGAGCAGGAUGGUGAUGAUACUGAUGAGAAGUCUACAUUCAUUAGCUCUGAUGGUGAGGUUUGUACGAGUGAUGAUGAACAAAACCAGCUAUCAAAUUAUAAUGGUCUGGAUGGUGCAAGUGUCUCUGAUGUACGUGCUAAAUUUCAUAAUCUGAAGCCAGAAAGAGGAAGAGGAGCUAAUGAAUCUGAAGCAAGAAAGAGGAAGUUCCAUGAUUUUGGUGGACAAUUAAAUGCUGCUGAUACAAGUCUACGGGCCUUAAAGAGAUUAACUGUUGUGAAUAAUACGGGGAAUGCCUCACUGGACGAUGGAAUUCUUUCUAAUGAAGACUUCCAGAGGAUCAAAGAGUUAAAGGCAAAGAAAGAAGCAAAGAUUGCAUUGAGUCAUCAUGGAUUAUUAAGAAAGGGCAUUACAGAUUCCGAUCAAGUUAGUGUUAAGCGGGUGGAUCCUGCUAAUCUCGAGGUUCAUGUAAGGGCAAAGCUAAGCAAGGAGGAAAGGCUGGCAUUGGUAAGAGCUGGCAGGGAAGAUAGAGGGAAGUACCUGGCUCGAGCUGCUGUAAAACAGAAGAAGACUGGUGGUUUGAGCAAUCGCCAGAAAGAACAUAAGAAAUUUUUGCCCCUCGCCGCAAAGAGAGCCACGGUGGCAAAAUCUCGACAAGUGAAAAGGAAACAACAGAAUCGCUCCGGCAAACAGUUCCGUGGGAGGAAGGCAUGGAAAUGAGAAACAAAGUUUUGAUAUAUUCUCGAUAUAUUUUACUAAUUUAUGAACUACUUGAUAUCUAAGUAUACAUACAUCUUUUUACUUAAAUUAUCGUCUAUGUAUUAUUAUUAUCUAUACGAGA